UGACGGUAAGAGGAAAACAGAUCUGGAAGAUCGGCCUGAGACUCUGUGUGCAGUCUUCAACCGGAAUGAACUCCUUCUCAUCCCUUGUGCAUCUGAUUUUCUGACAAGCGGACUGUGCAUAUUUGCAGCUGGGAACUUAAAAAAAAACAAAAACCAGUUCAUUUCUUUGUAGAUUUGCCUGCUCAUCUGCACUUUUUUCCACAUUUUCUAUUUUUUCCUCCAACACUGAACCUUAAUCCAUCGUAGUUUACAACAUGACCUGGGCAGUGAACAGCUGUUUUGUCACUCUGGCCAUCCUUUUUCUUUGGCGAGUGGAAGAAAUAGCGGAGGCCUGCAGCUGCUCUCCUGCGCAUCCUCAACAGGCGUUCUGCAACUCAGACGUCGUUAUCAGGGCGAGAGUAGUCGGAGGGGAAGAGGUUGACGCUGGCAAUGACAUCUAUGGAAACGCCAUCAAACGGAUCAAGUACGACAUCAAACAGAUCAAGAUGUUCAAAGGUCCAAACCAGGAUAUUGAUGCCAUCUACACUGCACCAACAUCUGCAGUGUGUGGAGUGACUCUAGAGACUAAUGGAAAAGAGUAUCUCAUUGCAGGCAAGCUUGAGACUGAUGGGAGGAUGCAUGUCACACUGUGUGACUUCAUUGAGUCCUGGGAGACCUUGACUGCCACCCAGAAGAAGAGCCUGACUCAGCGUUAUGAAAUGGGCUGUGACUGCAAGAUCACCCGCUGCACCUCCAUCCCCUGCACGAUCAGCAGCCCAGCAGAAUGCCUGUGGUUGGACUGGGUGAUCGAGAAGUCGGUGAAUGGAGAGCAGGCCAAACACUUUGCUUGCAUCAAAAGGAGUGAUGAUUCUUGUGCCUGGUACAGAGGGGCAGCGCCACCCAAAAAGGAUUUCCUGGACAUUGAAGACCCUUAACUCCACCUCUGUGCAAUGGUUCGAGGAUGUCUGCAGCUGAAAUAUUCUAAAUAAUUGUCAAAAAUAUACAUAAAUCCACCAGUCAAACUGUAAAUGUUUUUGUUAGUUUAAAAAAAAAAAACAGUCUCCACAUUAUGUUACAGUAAUUUUAUAAAUACAAAAAGUGGAAUUGUAUUGUUUCUAAAUGUAGGUUAUGAAUUCAGCACUUUUUUUUUUUUUUUUUUUUUUUUUAACGCUUCCACCGCCAAUUCCAAAGCACUUCAUCAUAAACCACUUCUCCUGCAGCUCAAAUAAAGGGAAUCCUCACAGUGCAGUGUUACGUUUUGAAGCUAUUUGUUCCUGUGCUAUUCAUUUUUUUUUCUCUUUUUCUACCAAAGAUUUUUUUGUUAAGUGAACUAUAACUCUACUAUGAAACACAUUCAUUCCUAUAAAUAUUCUGUGAAUUUGUAAGUUGAUCAAAAAAAAAAAAAAAACAUUGGCUGGAAACUGGCAUCCUGACUUGUGUGACAGCAGAGCUAUCACAAGGAAUGAGAACCACCUCUUGCCUGUCCUGCUUUAGAUUCUUUCUUCUGUUAUGUGCUGAGUAUGUAAAACUUUUCCCCCUUUCUCAUGAAGUUUGGCUGUUUAUAAACUAAAACAUUAGAAAAAAAAAAAAAAAUAGCGGCAUGUUAAUGAUCACAUUUCAGGUGCCAGUCGGAGCACACAGUCAGUGCAUUUACUCUGUAACUAUUUCCUUUAAAUAAUCCUGAAUAGACAAGAAUGCACUUUGAACACAAUUAUAACAACAUUCAUAUUUUCUCUAAUGAUAAAUGUCUGCAAUGAGGAUUGAAUCCUCCAUUUUGUAUUAUGUAUGUUUUAUAUCACAGCUCUUCUCUUUGUAAUGCUUUAGUGUAAGAGCGUAUUUUAUUUAAGGAGGUUAUAUGUUUUGUUACAUCCAGGUU